AUGGUUGAAAACACUAAAUGGGAGCCAAGUUCAAUAAACUCGUCGGUUAUACUUCAAAGGAACUUUAUAGGAACACUUACCUUAGCAAUUGGUACCUUAGGACUGACAGCAGCAAUAUAUAUUGUGAACUGGCGUCGGGCACCCAGCUUCAGUAUUCAAGGAAAUAAAGUCGGUGUUAAUGCCAACACACCAGCCGACGCGACAGGUCACGCUGGAACCGAAGGUAUUCAAGGUGGCUUAGCGGCCGUGAGAGCACAAAGAGCUACUUCACCUAGAUCGCAUGUUCUUUCCAAGUGCUACUUUAUGCUUCAAGCGGAGCGACACGUAAAGCGUAAUAAUAACAGCUUAGUCGAAUGGCAGGAUGAUGCCUUGGGUAUUAGCAUUCCUUUUUCGCCCAUACUAUUCACUAUCAAACAUGAGGGACGUCAAGCACCCAUGGUACUUUUGACAUUGUGCUACUUGCGACAAGAGGGUCAUCGAGUGACCAUUACAAUUGAAGAAACAUUUAGUGCUGAAACUGCAGAAAAUUAUCGCAAAAUGAGUCUUCUAAAAAUCGUUAAUUGCUCAAAAAUUUUGUCCACUUCCAUAACUCGUAUCGGUAACAACCAGUAUCCACAGGCAGAGUAUUGCUAUUUAAACGAAGAGAACCAGAUAGUGUAUGUGCUUUCUGUAUUUCUGACCCAUGAACGUCUUGCCCUGACACUUCAGUACAGCGCCAGCACUAGGGUGCGUGGGAUUCUGCCAACUGCCUUUAACGAACUUGUGCGUGCCGUUCGCUUUAGUCAACCACGACCGUCUCCGUCGUAUCUGUUGGUCUCCGAGCCCCGACUCGGGUUAGGCUUCCGUCUUCCGCUUGAUUUCCGUGUAUAUGAGGGGCUACCAGAAGGUAUUGAGGAAGCGUAUUACUAUUACAGACAUCACACCGACUGUGCUUCUGCGGAUAUUCAUACCUGUGGGGCUCGGGGGAGUGUCCCAUGGCAUGGCAGCGGAGCCGGUAUUACAUUGGGUUCUCACAAGGAUGCACAUUUUCAUCAACAUCGACACUUUGGUGAUAAUGACUAUUCUUCGUUCUUUUCACCAUUCACUACUGCCGUAGGUCGUGGUAUGCGUUGUAUGGGUAUAAUCGCUUGCUAUGAGCCGUCUAUUUCUACUUUUAUGGGCAAUAGCGACAGUUCUGACGGGAUGUCCACGCGACAGCAGUAUGCUUUUCAUUCUAGCUAUCUCAGGACUGCUGAGCUUGCCACUAUGCGGAAGAGUAAUGCUUUCGAUGGAAUGUCUAAUGCAACGUCUUCGACGUCGUGGCACAUCAGCCUUGAAAGGCAACUUCAAAUGAGCUUCCUACGGCUUGGCAUUCACACAGAAGAGCCUGUGCGUGUAACCUUCCGUGAUGAGGCCAAUAGUAAGAACGGGCAGGAGGAGAAUAUUUCAGCGGGCUGCAUCGUUAUCAGGCCCUACAGGCUUUUAUUGUUGAAGCAGGGGAACUUUUCUAAUCCCGAGGAUGAGGAGGAUGUCGCGCGCAACACGCUCUUGCUGCUGGGUUCUUGUUGUCUUCAAGAAGUUAGGCUUAACCCCGAUAGCCCAUGUUUGGGUCUCAUCUAUGACAAGACAUAUUGGGAGGAGGCUAUGUCGCAAAACGUCGAAAUUGCGCCAGAUGCGAGACUUCGCGCUUAUUUUGGUGCCUUUUAUAUACCUAUAGGAAACGAGUGUGUUAGCUUUUAUUUUUUUGCUUCAGUCAGCCACCAUAGUUUUGAAGAUUUCGCCAGCUUCUGCGCCGCAACAAUGCAGUCAAUGUCUCUAGGGAACCACAACGGCCAAACUACUUCCCUCUCGUACUGUAAUGUGCGACAUGUAUUGCAGCCAUUUUCAUUAAUUCUACGCCCGGGCUCCGACGUGGAAGAGCCUCAGCUGGGUGACCCACUUGUGUUAGUCCGCGUAGGAGAUGCUCCGUCUGUCGGUCCAGUGCUUGUGCGCAUGUUUCCCUUGCAAGAGCCAGCCGCCUCUGGACAUAGGCACGCCGCUUCUUUUACUCACGUAUCGCAAAUACCAAGUUCGAGGCUCUUUGAUAACGUUGGCAAUGACCUUGAAAGCAAUAUGCUUCCUCUUCCUUCUCCAUAUUUGUUCAAGACUACCAAACCCAGGGCACAUCACCGUAUGCUUGAAUACACAGUACACUGGCACCUUUCUCAGUUGUCCACAAAACCAGAUGGUAGCGGUGUGUGUAUAUUGCAAUGGGAGCCUUUGAUACUGAACUCUAUGCCCGCUCUUUUAUUCUGUUUUGAGCUGAAGCAUGACAACGAGAACGUCAUAAAUGAGCUUCGGUCAAGCACUGGGCCCCCUUAUAGGGAAGGGGAUGUCGGAUCAAAUGCCAAGAAGCACGUGUUAGAGGACUUAUCCAAUUUAGCAAACUUGGCAAAAGAUGAUAUCGACACUUGUUCAGAAGCUACCUCGGAGUGGCUAGUAAACCGUGCACUAUCCUUUGAGGAAGACAUGGGCUCGUUCAACCCUUUUAGCCAAUAUUAUCCACCACCACUUCCACCACCACCGGCGUACUCCGGCUUACGAUCGUUUCCCCAUAGUAAUCUAAAAAAUCUAUCAGAGAAGAAAUCUCAGGGUAACGUCAUGGAAAACACUCAAGCGAAUCCGCAUCGAACUUUAGGCUCUCGCAACGACACCUUUAAGGAAGACAUCGGUGGUAGCAACGGCAAAAGUCACGAAAUGCAAGCAAAAAUGAUGAAAUAUAUGUCUACCACUGUCUGUCGAUCAAAUUCGAUAGGUUCGCAGUGCAGAGAUUUAUCUGCAGAGGAGAAGACGUUACGUGUGGCUGUGGCGCUAUAUGCUGAGGGCAAUGCAUUUUUGUGCAUGGCGUCUGCUUCUAGGUAUUCAUUAACCACUGUGCAACAGAGCGUGCAGGCGUUGGCAUCUAAUUUUGUUUUACUUCAUUAUUCGUAA